GGCACCGUGGGGGCUUCGCGGUCAGUUUCGGUGCCCCGUGGCCUGCGCUGCCCGCAGAGGGUCGUAGCUAUGGCGCCGGGACCCCCGGGACCCCCGGACACGGUGUCUCAGGGCUCAGUGGCCUAUGAGGACGUGGCCGUGAACUUCAGCCUGGAGGAAUGGGCCCUGUUGGAUCCUGCACAGAAGCAGCUGUUCCGGGAGGUGAUGCGGGAGACCUACAGGAACCUGGCCGCCGUAGGAAAAACUUGGGAAGAUCAUAGCAAAGAAGAUCAGAACCACGAAUGGAAUCAAGUAAGAUGUCCCAUGCUCGAGAGACUCCAUGGAAGUACAGAGAUUAGUCAGAGGGGACAGAACUUCAGGCAGAUUCCCAGUCUCGGUCUGAACAAGAAGACAACUGCCCUGAACCCAGGCAAAAGCAGCUCGGGCCGGGAGGGCUCCAGCCUCCCCUCAGCGUUCGCUCAGCACACCCGGUGCCACGCUGCGGGUCAGCCAGGCACAUUGGCAAACUCUGGAGAGAAGCCCCACCACUGUAAGAGGUGUGGGAGGACCUUCAGAUUCCCCCUUUCUCUCCGAAUCCACACGAGAACCCACAGUGCAGAGAAACGGUCCUGGUGUCAGCAGUGCGGGAGAGCAUACACGGGCCCCGGAAGGAGCCGGUCUGGAGAGAAGCCCCUGGCGUGUAAGAUGUGUCGCCACAUACCGCCCUGCACCACGUUCCCGAGCUGCACACGAACUCCCCCUGUGGCGAAGCCAUAUGAAUGCAGGGAAUGUGGGAAGGGUUUCCGAGCCCCCUCCGGCCUUCGCGAGCACUCAAUCACGCACACUGGGGGCGCGGCUUAUCAAUGUCUCGAGUGUGGGAAAGCCUACAGGUACCACAGAAGCUUAAGAGCGCAUGGGCGGACCCACGCGGGAGAAGAGCCCCACAAGUGUGAAGACUGCGGCAAGGAAUUCACUUGUCUCAGGUACCUCCGGAAACACAAGCGGACUCACACCGGGGAGAAGCCCUACACGUGUCAGGAGUGUGGGAAAGCCUUCCCUGCGUCCUCCAGCCUUCGGACACACAUGAUCACGCACACCGGGGAAGGACCUCAUAAGUGCCAGGAGUGCGGGAAAGCUUUCAGGGCCCCCUCGAGCCUGCGCGAGCACACGAUCACGCACACGGCAGACGCCCCCUACACAUGCCAGGAGUGCGGGAAAGCCUACCGGUACCACAGCACCUUCCAGACGCACCAGAGAACGCACACAGGGGAGAAGCCCCACGCGUGCCGGGAGUGUGGGAAAGCGUUCAGUUGUCUCAAGUACCUCCGGAAGCACGAGAGAACUCACACCGGGGAGAAACCCUACGAGUGUCAGGAGUGUGGGAAAACCUUCACGACCUCCUCCAGCCUUCGGACACACAUGAUCACGCACACGGGCGAGGGGCCUUAUAAGUGUCAGCAGUGUGGGAAGGCCCUGAUUUCUCCCAGCUCACUGCAGAUCCACGAGAGAACGCACACGGGGGAGAAACCUUACGCAUGCAAGUGCGGGAAAGCUUUCCGAUCUUACUCGAGUUUCCAAGUCCACAAAAGAAACCACACCGGGGAGAAACCAUACGAAUGUAAGACGUGCCCCAAGGCCUUCAGUUGCCUCCAUUAUCUCCGGCAGCAUGAACGAAGCCACACGGGUGAGAAGCCCUAUCGGUGCCGAGUGUGCGGGAAAGCCUUCAGCUCCAAUUAUGUUCAUCUUCACGAAAGGACGCACACGGGGACCAAGCCCUUCGGAUGCAAGGAGUGUGGGAAAACCUACACUUCCAUUUCCAGCCUCCAGAAACACGCCGUCAUGCACUCGGGCGACGCCCCACACAAAUGCAAGGAGUGCGGGAAGGCAUUCAUCUCUCUCAGCUUGUUUCGGACCCACGAGAGGACGCACACAGGAGAGAAGCCGUACAAAUGCAAGCAGUGUGGGAAAACCUUCAGCACCUGCAGGGGCUUCGAAGCCCAUGAAAGGAACCACGCCGGGGAGAAGCCCUAUGGAUGCCAGACAUGCAGUAAAGCAUUCAGUUGUCCCCGUUACCUGCGGCAGCACGAGCGGAGUCACUCUGCGGAGAAGCCGUUUCAAUGCAAGAUCUGCGGCAAAGCCUUCAGCUCCACGUACAUUCGGCUCCACGAAAGGACGCACACAGGCGAGAAGCCCUAUGAGUGUCAGACCUGCGGGAAAAUCUACACUUCUUUUUCGAGCCUACAGAAACACACGGUCAUGCACACAGGGGACGGGCCCUACAAGUGCAAUGUCUGCGGGAAGCCGUUUAUCUUCCCCAGCUCGCUGCAGAAGCACCAGAGGACACACACGGGCGAGAAGCCUUACAAAUGUCAGCGGUGCGGGAAAGCGUUCAGCUCGGCCCUGAGUUUUGAAGUUCAUGAAAGGAAUCACACGGGAGAGAAGCCAUAUACAUGCAAGACGUGUCCAAAAGCCUUCACCAGCCCUGUUUACCUGAGAAAACAUGAAAGAACACACAGUGGGGGCCGGGAGAAGCCGGCACCCACUCCCUGUGCCUCUGAAAACACCCAAGUUUCUGUUGCAGAACCCAGUGAGGAAGGCAGGGAGCCUUCUGCCGCUGUCGCUGUCUCUGAAGGGACCAAGGAUGCUCUGGAGAAGACCUCUUGCUUGCAAAAGGAGAAAAAGCAGAAAAGCAAAACGUGAUUGCACACAGCCUGGAAAAGGCAGCGAAAGGCCUGUUGUUUCACAUCUGUGAACUGCAGUGAUUCAGGAAGAUGCUGAGGGGACUCGCCCACAUGAACUCAAGGACAAGUUCCAGUGUGAAAGAGUGUUAGUGGGCUGGAGUGAUAGUACAGCGGGGAGGGUGUUUGCCUUGCAUGCAGCCAACCCGAGUUCUAGCCCCAGCAUCCCAUAGGAUCCCCCGAGCACCGCCAGGAGUAAUUCCUGAGUGCAAAGCCAAGAGUAGCCCCUGUGCAUCGCCAGGUGUGACACAAAAAAACAAACAAAAAAAAGUGUUAGAAAAGCAGCUAGGCUGGCUUUCGUAGGCUCUUGGAUUUCUUCACUCCUUUGCAGCUCAGGGCUUCAUCUUGGCUCUGCACUCAGGAAUGAUGCUUGGUGGGCCCAGAGGACCACAUGGGGACCGGGAAUCGUGGAAGGCAAGAGCCCUCCCCACUGCACUAGCACUCCUGCCCCUGUGCUUCUGGGGUUUCUUUGUGCUUAGACUCUUAUAGACUUCCUCCAGAAAUGCUGAGGUGUUAACCUCCUCAGGCCAGCUUUGAGCGAUGUUCCGGAAAGGCGCUAGAGACUUCCUUCAGAGAACAAUAUUUCCUCUCCAUUUUGAAGUCUGUUGGACAUGGUUGAAUUCAAGUGCGUGCCUAAAUGCAAUUAGGAUGAGUACGUAUUGUCUGGGGGCCACUCCGGGCUGUGCUCAGGGCUUAUUCCUGGCUCUGCACUAAGGGAUCAUGUUUGAUGGACUCCAGGGACCAUAUGGGGUGCCAGGGAUCAAACCCAGGUCACUUGCAUGCCCCGUUGCUGUACUAUCUCCUCAGUCCUUCAAAUUACACUUAAGAGAGCAUAUACACUCACCUGAGCUGUUUUCAUGUUUGGCCCUUUGCUUGUCAUUCUACUGGUAAUUUAGUGAAUAGACUGAAUUCAAAAGGAAUCCUGUGAUAGAUUAAGAAAAUGCAUGUUCAGGCCCGAGUGAUAGUCCGGAAGGUAGGGAGUUUGCUUUGCAUGCAGCCGAUCUGGGUUCGAUCCCCAGCAUCCUAUGUAGUCCCCAAGUGCCGCCAGGAGUAAUUUCUGAGUGCAGAGCCAGGAGUAAACCCUGAGCAUUGCUGGAUGUGACCCAAAA